AUGGUUGCGUAUCUCAACAACAAGGAAAAAAGCCCCCUUGGAGACGAUGUACUUGAAGUUUUGCAAAUUGCCUCAACCUUGUGGCCCAUCUCCUUCGCCGCUGUUGCCGGGCCGUGUCUCAAGACUCUUGCCCUCCACCGCGCCGAACAGGGCUCGUCUAUAGCAUCUCUCGAAUUUCUCUUGACCAGCCAGACUACCGUGGCUGCUUUCAAGAAUAUCUUUACGGUACGGCACAUUACUGCAUGGUCCAUAGGCAUUGCAUUCGUGUGGUGUCUCAGUCCUCUUGGAGGCCAAGCCGCCGUCAGGUCCUUGCACCUACAACCGAUCUCGACAGUCACAGAAGUUCCUGCCCUAUACUACUUGGGAAGCAACAUAUCGGAUUUGAAUUUCUUCUACAAUGGGAGUGUCGAUGCUGCGGUGUUUAGCGGAGGCUCGACUCAGAGUUCCCUCAUCUCCAAGUUUCGAAGCGCCAUCGUCACAUCGUUCUACAUGCCUGAUACACUCAUCUCUCACGCCAAUGGCUCAACUGAUGGGUUUGACUCUGCUAUCGCCGCACUUGGAGGAAAGGAUGGUUCUAGAAAGCUCUUGUAUAAUAACGCUUCAUACUCAGAGCUCCCGUUAGAGAGGUACAAGGGCAGCGGCAGGGGAGUAAACCCCAACAUAAUACUGGAUAUUGUCAACAAUACAGGGACCCACGAACAUUUAGCCACGGUUCGAUAUGCCAAUGUGGACUUUGAACCGGCGUCUAAACUUGAGCUGGUCGUUGUGGGACGAUGCGACGGCGACGAGCUCGGGACCGUUGAUUGGACACUUCAAAUAUGCGACAUUAGCACUUCCUAUGUGGACAUUCAAGUCGCAUGCACUCGGCUCAGCCCUUCGGAUGAUUUAAUCUGCGAGGCUGCACAAAUUCGCAAUACUCCUGGGUUUCCCAUUGCAGGAAACCUGACCGCCCUUUCGUGUUGGCGCGUAUCGACUGGAAUCGUUUCGGAGUUGCCUUUUAUAACAGCAAACGAGCAUCUACUUGAAGCCAGUGGAUUGGAAACCUAUCUUCACGACCCUACCUAUGUCUUCAGCCGGACUCCAGAAACGUUCAGUCACACACCGGGUUGUUUUUCGAAUGUGUCCCUGGAAGUGUUUGGAUCAAGGAUGGCUACUAUACUAAACACGGCUAUCAUGGCCACGUACAAUUUCAGUGUCUUGACAGGAGGCGAUGGCAUCAGCUUGAAAGACCGUGGCGGGAUGUGGCAUAACACCACGGCAACUUGGACAGAGUUUGUCAAGAGCAGAUAUGUCAUGCACAAGGUAUGGUUCUCUGUCUCACUUGCGUCAACCUUGGUGCUGUUUUGUCUCUCGCUCGUCAACGUGGUCGUCCGCUACAUCAUCAAGGCACCUGACUUCUUGGAAGGUGUGGCUGGCCUCACCAGAGACUCCCAAUACAUCAGAGUUUCUCAAGAGGGUAGCGGGAUGAGUGGUUCUGAUAGGUUGCAGAUUAUUAAGGGCACAAAGUUUAGGAUUUGUGAUGUCAAUCCGGACGCGGAUGUUGGGAGGAUUGCUUUGACUACAAAUGUCGAUAGCCCGAAGUUGGACUGGAGGCGAACCUAUAGCUAG